CGCUGCGUUACAGCGCUUCGUCAGUAGACGAGUCAAACCGGCAUAUAUUUAUUGUGAUAAUGCUAGCAAUUUCCAGGGAGCGGCAAAUAGAUUUUUAAAAUUAAUUACGUCAGGGGACCCAAAUUUAAUAUUGUUUUCUCACAAUAACAGAGUGGCAUUUCGCUUCAAUGUACCAUUAGGGCCCCAUUUGGGGGGUCUGUACGAAGCUGCAGUAGAAAGUUUUAAACUACACCUGAAACGGGUGAUGGGUGAUAGUGUAUUAACUCAAGAGGAGUUUCAAACGUUGACAGCCCGUAUUGCGGCUAUUCUAAAUUCACGUCCUCUCACUCCACUCUCCUCUGACCCACGUGAUUAUCAGGUUCUCACCCCUGGCCUUAAUUGGUCGGCCAUAGUAGCGUUACCAGAAAGGCAAUAUGACACGGAAAGUCCACCAUUUCUGCAUAGGUGGAAUUUGGUGGAGUUGUAUGCCCAACAAUUUUGGCAACGUUGGCACCUUGAGUACCUUCAUACACUCCAACCACGAGGGAAGUGGUUGGAACAAGCCGGGAAUCUGGAGGAGGGAACAUUGGUUCUUCUCCAUGAUCCUCAAAGCCCCCCCUUAAAAUGGACUCGAGGCCGAGUCUUACGUACAUUUCCAGGGAAAGAUAACAACACGAGAGUAGUAGAAGUCAAAACUCCCAACGGAGUGUACAAAAGACCGGUGGUAAAAUUGUAUGCUCUGCCAUUGGGUAGUUCUCAAUAGUUAAUUUAGCCUUCUCGUAACUAAUGAAAUCUACUCUAUGUUCAAGAUGAGCAAUAACGAGAAGUCAGUAUCUACUCACCCAUCUCCCAUAUCGACCAGUGUGUCUUCCCCUCCCUCCGCUCCAUCGACCAGUGUGUCUUCCUCUCCCUCCGCUCCAUCGACCAGUGUGUCUUCCCCUCCCUCCGCUCCAUCGACCAGUGUGUCUUCCCCUCCCUCCGUUCCA